GCUCGACGUCGUACAUAACUGCGUGUUUAACAGUUAAAAUGUUUGGGCAAAUUAAUAUGUACAUAUUUUAAUGUCUAAUAGUAUUGUCCACAGUAUUUACAUUUGAAGAGCUUCCCGAAGACAACCGGAAGUACAUCCGGUUUGUCCGUACGAUCGUACUACUAGUUGUGCUCGAUGUAUUUGUGUAUUUAAACGUUAACAUAUUGGAAUGGUUGAAUAGGUAAAUUUUGUAAUGGUAUAUAAGGUAGAUACGGUACCCUAAAAUUUCCAUGUUAGACCAAUGAUAUUUCCCUGGGCAUUAAUGUUUUAUUUUGAAAAUGUAUCGAAUGCGGAAAACAACCGGAAGUUUGCCUCGUUUACAGCUACUCGGCAGCUGAGUCUCUUGCAAAACUUGGUCGCUUUUUUCGCUCGGAUAAUGGCAACGUUUUUCGGCGAGGUCCUGUCUGUUUAUUCCCGGGCUGUGGAGGAAGACGAAGAGGAGCUUGACGAAGACGAGGAAGACGCGCAAAUCCGCAAAGAGCUGGAAGAGAAGAGAGAGGUCCAUCUGCAUUGGGCUCCUGAUGUAUCUGAUGCUCUGCAGGCUGGAAACAAGCUGCAAUGUUCUCAAUUAUUCCUCGCUGUAGGCCACAAUGCUGCCAGGUUUCUGUCUGUGUACGUUCUCACCUCUGCAAAGUGGGAUGCAGUGGGACACGCGUCGGUGUGGAACGAGAGGAAUCGGGCUGGAACUGGUCAAAGUGGCGAUCAGUCAGGCUGCGUCUUCUACCGACACAAGGACGACCCAUCUGUGUACUGCAGGGAUCUUAAUGACCUUAAGGUUCUCAUCUGCCAGUUGACCUGCUAUGUUGCAGAAGAUCAGCAGUUCCAGUGGACAGAAAAGGUGUUUGACUGCCUCCAGCAUAGAGAACUGAAUGUAACAGUUCUGUCAGACAGCUGCAUGGCAGAGUACAAGACGGCUGACUACCUUUGUGGCAGCUCAGCACCUUUCCUGCGCUCCCUCCACACCGGCUCUUUCAGCGGGCCGCAAGUCUGCCGGUCACUGGAGCAGCCCAACAUACUUACUGGACUUCCAGCUGCAGUGCUGAACCACUGCCAAGUCCACUGCAUUGCCGCUGUUGUCUAUCAGUGUUUCAGUGAUGUCAUCGGCCCAGACUCUGUCACCAUGGAGACCUUCAAGCCGACGCUAACCAGGCUUGGAAAGUCUGUACAUUUGGAUCCAUCUCCAAGCUCAGAUGUUGUCCGCAAGUUUGUCAGAACCAGCGACCUUCAGAGUAAUCUUUACAUAUGAAGCUAUGCACUUAAAACUCUUGUUUGUAUGUGGGGGGGGAAAUCAUAUUUUUUAUAAUAAAGAAAAAC